AUUAUAUAAAUAUUUCAUUGGAUUUUAAAAAUCAUUUGAAGUCGGCUUUGUUAAAGACCUGGCAACCCUGUGCUAGUCGUUUUGUUAUGUUAUGGAAGAUGUCACUCGCUAGAGCACUGGUGAUAAGCGCAUUCAAAACAAGAGCAUGGAGCGUUAUAAAUAUGUCUUCAGCAGGACUGAGAGCUUUGCAGCCAUGUCACGAGACCCCUCUUGUCUCCACACUGUGUUACAGCAGCAGCUCAUCACAGGGACAGCAGAUCUCCUCCAGUCCCUCUGAGCAUAAAAUACAUCUCAGUGAUUCAUGUGUCAAGAGGCUGAGUGAAAUCAUGCAGAAGGGAGAAUAUCUGAGGAUACAGGUGGAGGGUGGUGGCUGCUCUGGCUUCCAGUACAAGUUUUCUGUGGACACUGUCAGAAAUGAAGACGACAGGGUUUUUGAGCAGAACGGCGUGGGCGUGAUCAUAGACGAGGAGAGUCUAGAGUUUGUGAAAGGAGCAACGCUCGACUUUAGUCAGGAGCUCAUCCGCUCCUCCUUCCAGGUGCUCAGGAACCCGCAGGCAGAACACGGCUGCUCCUGUGGAAGCUCUUUCUCUGUCAAAGUUUGAUUCAUGGCUCUGCAUCACAAACAUUUAGCACUGACCUUCAGUCCCAGUUCCCCAUUUUUAUUUAUAAGUAUCUGAUGGAGGAACUAAGAGCGAACUAAGUGAAUCAGGUUAGAGGACACAGAAUACACAACACCUGUACAGAAAUGAGACAGAAGAGAGAACCAGUAACAUCCUCUCAGUGUAUCUGUAAACAAGCCACACCUUAAUGAUUUUGUUUUAUUGUUCCACACACACACACGUGAACAGAACCUAACAGUGCAAAAUUUUGUGUUAUUUAUGAUUUGAGGCUAUAGUCAUAAAACUCCUGGACUCUGUUUAGGUAUAAUAAUGGAGUGCACUAAAAUAUCACAUUGUUGUUUUCUGCAAAUUGUACAUACAGACUGUAAAUAGGAUAUGAGAAUAAAAUAAAUAUGAUGAAUGCUGCA